AUGUCCACUGGAGGGGGAUAUCACAGUCCAACUCUGGCCAGCAAUAAGGUCAGAGAAUCUGUGAACGCUGUGCCUGGUGGUCGUACUGUCAACGAAGACCCAUUCUGUCUUAACCUGAGAUCGCAGACGGAAGACUGCAGCAUGAAAUCGGCGAAGGCGCUUCUCUGUCUGCUAGCAGUUUUAGAGACUACAAGGAGUACAUCAGGAACCACAAAGAAGGCCUUCAGUGGUAGAAGUGUGAUGAUUGACAUCAAAUAUGAAAGUGGAUAUGAGAAACACAGGAAGUACCUGUGCAAGGACCCUUGCAACUCCAAUGCAGAUAUGUUGAUUAGUGCUGACCUAAAGAAUGUUCUGGUGAGUGCGGCGAGAUACUCCCUGUUUGACAACACCUCCACAACAGUCAUCACUGCAACCAUUUGUGACCUCCAACUCAGUGAUUCUGGGAAAUAUUGGAUUGGAGUUGACAUAGAUCAGCGUGUAGAUUCAUACAAUGAGUUCACGCUGAUUGUCUACCCAGCACCCACCACCGUCCAGAUGACUUCGACAGCAGCCCCCAGCACACCGACCUUCGGAACCAGCCCUGAAGCCACUGAGGAGACAGGCUCUCCUGUCCCAUCUGCUUCUUCUCCAGUGAGCCACGUUAAAGACGCUCUACCAGUAGGGGUCAUCGUCGGAGCCACACUAGGAGGGCUGCUCUUAGUGAUUCUUCUAGUUGUUUUGCUCCUCUGGAUGAAGAAGCCAAAGUGGAAACUCACAGGUCUUGACACAUCUCAGAACAUCUGCAGCACUUGUGAUGGCGUCUGCAUGAGGCCGAUUAGCAUCGAGACGUGUUCACGAACGCACGUCUACAAGGUGAUUGUGAUUUAUAAAGGACUUUUAGAACUGAAGCCCCCUAAAGCCUAG